UAAUGAACAUGAGUGAGGAUGAUCCACGCAGAAUGGAGGAAAUACGGAAAUACGCUGCCAUCUACGGCCGGUUUGACUGUAAGAGAAAACCUGAGAAGCCGUUGACCCUACACGAGGUGUCGGUCAACGAGGGUGCAGCGCAGAUAUGCAAGUACAUGCCGGCACUCUUGACGAGGCGAGAUGAGUUAUUUCCUCUAGCACGACAAGUUGUUAGAGAUUCUGGCUACCAGUACUCCAAGGGCCAUUCCCGCAGGUCCCAGACCAUUGUAGGUCGUGAGGAGGAGCCCAGAACCAAGAGAACCAGGUCAGACUCAGGUCACGACGCUGGUGACCUGAAGAACGACCUCCAGUGGAAGAAGAGACAGGAGCGACUGGAAGCUAUCAGUGAGGAGCUUCGGCACAUGAGUGAGAGAGCGGAGGAGGUGAGAACCAGUUUGAGCUCUGGUGGAGGUGACAUAAGUGCUCUAACCUCCCAGAUGGAUGCUCUACAGUCUCGACAUUCACAGCUGACCCUUGAGCAGAACGAACUUCUAAAAGCUCAACGCAAAGCCAAGAGUGACAGAGUGUCGGUGUGUAGUGAGGAGAGAGAGAGAGGAGAAGACUCAGAUUCACAGUUUUCCUACAGUGGUGCCAGUUCCCCAUCUCAGCAGCUGGUGCAGGACACACUAGUGGACGAAGGGCUUCGUGUGGUCAAGGAAUCCCUAAACCAACAGAAGGACUCUGUCCCUGGCGCACGUCCGCAGGACUCCUACGCUAGGGCCCAGCAGGAGGGCCCCACGGCUAAGCAUAAUUCCACAGGAGGGGGCCCAACAGCAGUGCCCCCAGUCUCCUCCACCCCCACCACUACCACCACAGUUGCUUCCGGAAGGCUAGUGUCUCCACCCACCACCUACUCUGAGAUGUUUUCCUACCCCGAGAAUAAGGUGAGAAAGGUGUUGUCAUCCAGCCAGGGUAACAUCAUCGCUGUAACCAACCCAGCGCUAGCUAUGUCAGCAGCCAUGGUUCCCUCACAGCUUAGUGACGAAGAACGUCACAUCUCAGCUCUCUACACCCUCAGUCAGACUGUCGGAGCAGCGGCGGCUGCUAGAGGCAACUCUAUCAAGCAGGAACCAAACUCACCGGGGGCCACUAAGCAGGAAUAACUGCUUUCGCGGCUCCUGCUUGGGGCAACUCCAUUAGGAACCAAAUCCACAUAAUGCCAGGCAGGAGAACCUGCCGGCUGGGCACCAAGUUACUAGAGAUGGUAGAGAAGGGGUACAAAGCUCUUCGAAGAGCUCUACCUACCCUUCAGUGUUUCUUAUACUCAAAUUAGUUGUGUAAGAAUCUUUCAAUACCCACGAUACCCACUCACCUCUUCAAGGUACUACCCAAAAGCAACUCUCGGGAAAUAAAUCUUCAAAUACCUAUUUAAAAACCGUCUCAAGUGAAGCCAGUAUUUUAUACUCACGGGGAAACUCUAAGCCCCUUAACCAACAUACAGCGCCCGAGGAAUGGGAGGUAAUCAGGUUUGAUCCGUGGAAGUGGAGGGUAGCUUCAGUUCCUUGGAUCAUGAACCGUUCACUAGCAUCAAGGCACAUUCCCCUUGAUGCUAGUGAAAACUUAGUGCUCCAAGUAUUACUUAAAUGGUGUACAAGAGAGGCGUGAUCAUGACCCGGGUCAUGGGGGCGUUGACCCCCGGAACGUCCUUCAGGUAACUAGACAUGUGCACAACACCUGGCAGUCUUUAUCUGAAGAUGUUCCACCGACCAGUAUCUUUAUUAAUUCAAUACAAAUAUAUGCCACGAUAGUAUUAGUUGAGGUAAUUAAGUCCCUCAGACAGUGAGAAAUGAAGUAAUCACCGGCUGCAAGGCUGGGGACUACCUCAUCUUUCACUGACUUCUGCAAGGCUGAAUGAAGGACCGAUUACUCAUCUUCCACUGUCUUCUACAGGGCUGGGGGACUGUUUACCUCAUCUACUGUUUUCGUAUAUAAUCUCUCUAAUGAACUGAUAAGAGCCACUGGUUGGCGAAACGUGUUCACAGAAAGUUGCUCAGAUGUUGCACAUGUGUAACUGCUCCAAAACAUUACUAUAAAUUCUUUUGGUGUAAGAAGAAACACAUUUAACUCGUGGUAAGACAAUCUGUUUAACACAACUUAAGCUAACCUAAUAACUCUUGGCUAAGAAUUAGACGAGUAACAUCUGGGUAUCUUUAUUUGUAGACGUCUCGUCAACCAGUGACUUUAUCACUACAAGGAAAUAAUAGAAAGACUGUAGAAGUAUAUACAGAAGGCGAGAUAAUCAGUCCCACAACUCCAGGACUGAGGGACUGAUUACCUGACCUUUUGUAUAUAGUUCCAGGCUUCCCAUUAUGUCCUUGAAUUUAUACUGAUAAGAUCCUCUGGAUGGCGAAACGUCAACAAAUAAAGAUACCCAGAUGUUGCACAUGUGUCUAAUUGUUUAUCUUGACGGUAUUUUCUACCUCUAACAACACCUGCAACACUACCAGUUCCAGAACAUACAUGCUUAACCAGUUAUACAACAUCCAUUAAUAUCUCCUCCAACACGACUUAUUUUCUCAUAUUAUUUUUAUUAUUUUUUGAAAGCAUUAAACUUAUAGGAAUUUAACAACAACUUAAUAAUAGGAGGUAAUCAUGCUCGUGUGUGUGUUAUAUAAUGUGGUGCCGAAUAGGUAAAAUUGGUCAAUUAUCAAGAUCUCUUUUAAAAUUAAGUCCUUUAUAAAAUUUUCUCUUGUACGUUUGAAGAUAUAUUUUCUCAUUUAUGUUAAUGUAAAAAUUAAUAAUUUUGUACCAAAAGUACCUUAGAAAACUUACCGAACCUUAUUAUAACAAGCGCAAUUUAAUUUAGCUUAAUCCAGGUAAAUAUAUUUUAGAUAAGUUUACAAUAUUUUAAUAAUAAAUACAAUGAAAUAUAUUUUUUUCACUAGGUUCAGAAUGAUUUUUACGAAAUUAUGCAUACACAAAUUUUCACUUAUUUGGUAAGACGACGUUGCUGUUUAGCCAAAAUCCCAAGUUUUACAUAUA